UUACGUCCGGUGUUCACAAUAAUAUUUGGAUGAAAUAAUUUACGGACUAAUAUGAAAAAAUUUAAUAUAUAUCUAAAUGAUUCCAGUGCUGUCUACUUUCCAGGCCAGAGCAUCCAAGGUGUUGUGCAAUUCUAUGUGGAUAGCAAGAUUAAUACGACAGGAGUACACAUAGAGUUCUGUGGAGUAACUUACGUCGAUUUUAAAGAAAAACAAAGAAAUGGGCAAGGAGAAAGUUGUUACAGUUCACUGGAGAACCACUGUUACAAUACAGUGGCACUUGCCUCUAAAGAUGGCUCUGAAUUUUGUUUGUCCACUGGAACUUACCAAUACCUAUUUACCACGCAACUUCCGGAGGAGCUGCCGACAUCCUUUGAGUGCGACGGUGGAUACACUCGGUAUUACUUACGAGCUUACAUUGCAUGCAGCUCACAGGAUGAAAUGAGCUGCAUUGUACCAGUCACUGUUCUUACCGUUUUUGACCUAAAUGAAUCAAUUUACGCAAUGAGGUCUGAGGAAGUAGAUGAUCUGCAAUUAGUUGGAUGUUGUUCCAAGAAAUGUGUAAAAACAAAACUAAAACUAACUAAGUCUGGAUACGUUCCGGGCGAAAGGAUCCAAUUGGACGCGUCUUGUGAUAAUCAGACACAAAAAUCUCUCGAUCAGGCGUAUGUUAAUCUUUUUAUGAAUAUCACACUGAAGACAGAGAAGAAGGACCUUGUCGUACAGAAAAUCAUAAGGAGUUGGUCAGUGCCGGAAAUUCCUCCCCAAACACACCUCUCCCUGGAUGACCUCCAACUGACCGUCCCGCCCCUACCUUCCUCGGGAUCCCGAUAUUGCAACAAUAUAGACAUUCACUACACACUGCAAUUUACGGUUGAGCUGUCGAAUGAUGUCUGCUGUACGUCUUCUUUGAGUCUCAUUGUUGGCAAUGUGCCGUUGGAAAGUUGUGCAAACCAAUACACCGGAAAUGAAGGUGCGAAUGUCGCCAAAGUCAACAAUCAACAGCUACCGAACGAAAUUCAGAAACGACUGUUGAAUAGUGCAGGCGUUCCAACACACAAGUAUGAUGACACGUCUUGUGUAUUAGUAGACACUUUUUUUCGAUUAAGUGACAAAGAUGGUGAGUGGCAUCCAGAACCUUUACCCGCCCAGCCAGUAAAAUGGAGGCCUUCAUACCUGUACUAUGUCAACCAAAUUUCCGAUACUUGAUAUAGAUGCACAGGAUUAUUGCAUGUUAGUUCUAUUGCGUAGAGAGAAUUGUACUGACUUUUACACAUAUACACUCAAAAGCAGUUGAAACUAUAAAGUUAUACUGAUCGCUUUUUAUUUAAAAUGUAUCAAAAAAUAUUCAUAUUAAUUAAAAAAUAAAUCAUUUUCAAAAAAC